AUGGCUGGUAAAAAUCCAAAGGGAAAACACUCCUUUAAACAAAAUUCCUAUCUAUGUAGCAAGCAUUUUGAGCCCGAGUGCUUUGUAAAGUUCCUGGGAGGACAGCGAAUGCGACUCAAACCAGACGCUACACCUACGAAGUUUAUUUUCUCCGCUGAAAAGCCACGGAGGAAAAUACCUUAUGAUCGACACGCAGCAACAACAACAACAGAGAAGACUAGUGGGACUGCGAGAUGUCUCAAUGUGAGUAAGGAUACAACUGUCGACAUUAAUGUCAUUGAUGAGCAACUGAAGAGCAUCGAAAACACAGAUCCAAUCGUGUUCAAAUAUCCACUCGAAUCCACAGAAUCUGGAAGACCACUGCUUGUGACAAACAGUAAUAGCGGCACGAGCAACAUAGGACCAACUGGAUUGAAUGGUACUGAUGGUGACAUUGGACCCGCCGGACCAUCCGGACCUGCCGGACCUGCUGGACCUGCAGGAGCUCCAGGAUAUAAUGGUACUCAGGGCCCUGCAGGACCAUCUGGACCACCUGGUGUUCAGGGCCUUCGUGGACCAUCUGGGUACAAUGGUACCCAAGGCCCACCUGGACCCGCCGCUAUUUCCUGUGUUUACAAGACUUCAGCCAGCUCUGGUAUGACACCAGGUUCGUACUCUAGUCAAGAAAUGGAAGUGACAGAACCAAACGGUAAGACGUUUAUUGGUGUACACUGUGAUUCAAAUGACGCAAAAAUUGUGCAAUUGUCAAGCCCGAACUCAGGUGUCUACAAGUGCAAAUGCGAAGGUAGCCUAUCAAGUGGAGUAUCAAAGAUGUAUUGCUACAUCCACUACUGGGAGUGUCAGUCCUAAGAGGGAAAAUGUAAAGCCAUUCAUGUAGUGGGAAUCUUUAUGAAGAAGUUAGUGGUGUUGAACCAGAAACAAGACGAAGAACGAUUUAGCUGUCUGACACAAAGUCGAAGCAAGUAAAUAACUGCGCCAAUUGUUAAAGUAGAAUCAAAGCUGUAUUUCUGUAUACACUACUGGGAACCUUAAACUAUUUGUUUCACACGAUUCUGUGCGUUAAAGGUAAAAGGGCGUCAAACAAAUGGCCAGAGAAAGACAACCAAUGAAUUUAGCUGUCCAUUAAAAGUUAUACUGUUCCACUUCUCUUUCACGGCAUUAUUAUAAACCAUGCCCUUGAUGCAUAACUCUUUUUAAGUUUGCACAU